GGGAAAUGUGCAACGGGCUCCUGCAUCGCUCUGAGAUAUGUUCGGUGAUUUUAAUGAUGACAUAUUCGACGAAGAAGCGACGACGAAAACUGUGAGUGAACCCGUCGUUCUCUUGGAGAGGGAACCCGAUUGGUUCUUCAAUGAAGCCCCGAGCUCGGACAAGCAGGAGAGGUGGCUCGCAUCGAAAUACGUCGCUGACAGACUGUACAGGAAAAAAGAUUUCAGAGCAGCCGCUCGAGCAUACGUCAAGUCGAUUGAAGCCUGUCCGAACAGAAACCUAGGAUUACUGAGGGACUGUGUGGACGGAGCCGCUCGUUCCUUCUGUAGAGCGGGACCGGCGUUCGCCGCUGAAAGCAAGAAGUACCUCGAGAAACUCUCAUCGAUGGCCACUUGUGAAGAUCACCGCUUCUCUCUGGCAUCAACGGCGCUGCUGAUGAGCGUGGACAUCCGGUCACUCCAGACGCUCCUCGAUUGCGAACCUCAAGCUGGUGAUCUAUGGAAGAAACUCGGCGAAGAAUACUCUUCGCAAGGGAAGCUCCUCUUCGCGGCCUGCUGUUUCCUCAGAGCAGCGAGCUGCGCGAGAUGCAGUGUGCACGAGAGUGAAGAUCGUUUCAAGGCACAGAAUUGGGCUCUCAGCCGGGAGAUGAAGGUUCGCGUGGACGGAUUGUUGAACCAUUUCGAAGAGCCUGCGGCCGCUAUCGAACUCAUCCAGAAAUUCAACACUGAGCGGACCGAUCCGCGCGGGGCGGCCGAUCAAUCCUUUGAAGACUUUUGGUUCCCAGCUGAGGAAGUCAUGGUGAAAAGAAUGGGACAGCCUACAGAGGAUGGGGAUUGA